AAUAUCACUUCCCUCCACUCUUCUUAUAUAUUAAAGAAGAUAUUUUCAACAUUCUCUCCAGAUUCCAGAAUCCUCAUCAGCCAAUAUGAGUAAUUCGGUAGGACAUGGUUUGCUUAAGCCAGCCGUGUUGGAGCAUAAAGUUAAAUCAAGUUGUAAGGGAAAUGGUGGAAAAAAUUUGUUAAAAGGUCAAGCAAAUUCACAGAUACGAAAAUUGACUAGUGAUUUUCGUGGUCAAAGACUGACGAUGCGGGAAUUGGCUUUACCCAGAAGACGUAUAACUUCUGGUUUUCCUCAAGCUGUUUUGGCUACUGAUGCAGCCUCUGAGCAGCUGGUAAAGAGGUUCAAACUGGAUGGAAAUAUUGAGAUGCAGGUUGAUGUUAAAGUUUCUUCUGUUGCACUAGUAGAGAUUAAGAUUACCAACAGUGGCGAAAAUCUAUGUUUACAUUGGGGUGGUAAGCAAAAUAGAAAUGAGCAAUGGUUACUUCCAAGCAAUCGUCCUGAAGGGACUAAAGUAUACGACAAUCAGGCUCUUAGAACCCCAUUUGUGAAAUCUGGUUCCGAUUCCUCCUUGAAAGUAGAGAUUGAUGAUCCUGCAAUUGAAGCAAUAGAGUUCCUAGUAGUAGAUGAAAGACAUAAUAAAUGGUAUAAAGACAAUGGGCAAAACUUUUAUAUCAAGUUGCCUUUGGUUGAGAAGACAGUUUCAUAUGUUAGAGUUCCAGAAGAGCUUGUACAAAUACAAGCAUAUCUGAGAUGGGAGAGGAACGGGAAACAAACGUAUACACCUGAACAGGAAAAGAAAGAAUUUGAAGAAGCGAGAAAGGAGGUGCAGAGGGAACUAGAAAAGGGUAAUACUCUGAAUGACAUACAGAAGAAAUUGACCAACGGAGAGGUACCAAAAAACGUUCAAAAGCAACAAGGGAAAAAAGUUUACUCAACUCCCGGAAGAAUUAACCGAAAAAAGAGGGAUAUUAUGCAACUUUUGAAGAAACCUACUCCAGUGACAGUAAAAUCUAUGGACAUAAGACCAAUGAUUUUGUCCUCACUACAGAUCUUCUCAAAGGACAUAGAAGAACAAAGUGACACUUUAGUUUUGAACAAAAAGACGUAUAGAAUUGGUGAUAAAGAGCUUUUGGUUCUUGUAACCAAUGCUUCUGGUAACACCAGAGUCCAUUUGGCAACAGAGCUGGAGGGACCACUCACUCUUCACUGGGCAUUAUCAGAGAGCGGUGGAGAGUGGCUGGUACCACCUACAAAUUUGUUACCCUUAGGCUCCAUUUCAUUAGAUAAGGCUGCAGAAACACUGUUUUCUGCCAUCUCCGUUGAUGGUGCUAGUAACAAGCAGAUACAGACGUUUGAGUUAGAAAUCAUGGAGGGAACUUUUGUCGGCAUGCCAUUUGUUCUUCGUCAUGGUGAAAAUUGGAUUAACAAUAACGAUUCAGAUUUUUAUGUUGAGUUAACCGAAUCCAAGAAGCCAAUGAAGGAUGCGGGUGAUGGGAAGGGUACUGCUAAAGUCUUAUUAGACAAAAUAGCAUCCCUGGAAAGUGUGGCAGAACAGUCUUUUAUGCACAGAUUUAAUAUUGCAGCAGAUUUGGUGGAAGAAGCCCAGAAUGCUGAUGAGUUAGGACUUGCAGGAAUGCUUGUGUGGAUGCGGUUUAUGGCCACAAGACAACUAAUUUGGAAUAAACACUACUGCGUAAAGCCACGUGAGAUAAGCCAAGCCCAGGACCGACUCAUAGACAAGCUUCAGAAUGUUUAUAGAAGUUAUCCACAAUAUAGUGAACUUCUGCGUAUGAUCAUGUCAAGUAUUGGACGCGGAGGCGACGGGGAUGUAGGGCAACGCAUCCGCGAUGAAAUCUUGGUUAUCCAGAGAAAAAAUAAUUGUAAGGGAGGAAUGAUGGAGGAAUGGCAUCAAAAGUUGCAUAAUAAUACAAGCCCUGACGAUGUCGUAAUCUGUCAGGCACUGAUUGAUUAUAUCGAAAGUGACUUUGACAUGAGUGUAUACUGGAACACACUGAAUACAAAUGGAAUAACAAAAGAACGACUUCUAAGUUAUGAUCGGGCCAUUCACCACGAGCCAAACUUCUCGGGAGACCAAAAAGAGGGUCUUUUGCGUGAUCUUGGGCACUACAUGAGAACAUUAAAGGCAGUUCAUUCAGGCGCCGAUCUUGAGUCUGCAAUUUCGAACUGCAUGGGCUAUAGAACUGAGGGAAAAGGCUUCAUGGUUGGGGUUAACAUAAAUCCUAUUUCCGGCUUGCCAUCUGGUUUUCCAGAAUUGCUUCAAUUUGUUCUAGAGCAUGUCGAAGAUAAGAAUGUGGAACCCCUUCUUGAGGGACUGCUUGAGGCACGUGAGGAGCUUAAGCCAGCACUUUCUAGUUCAAAUGACCGUCUUAAGGAUCUACUUUUUGUGGACAUUUCCCUGGAUUCUACUGUAAGGACAGCCAUUGAAAGAAGCUAUGAGGAGUUGAAAGAUGCUAAACCAGAUAAAAUUAUGUAUUUAAUCACUCUUCUUCUCGAAAACCUCAUACUUUCAUCAGACAACAAUGAAGAUCUCAUCUAUUGCUGGAAGGGAUGGAAUCGAGCACUAACCAUGGUGAAGAAUGGAGAUAAUGAUUGGGCACUAUUUGCAAAAUCAGUCCUUGAUAGAACUCGACUUGCCCUUGCUACCAAGGGAGAGUUGUACCAUCAACUGUUGCAACCUUCUGCUGAGUAUCUUGGAGCACUGCUUGAUCUGGACCAGUCAGCGGUAAGCAUUUUUACUGAGGAGAUGAUUCGUUCUGGAUCAGCUGCUCCUUUAUCAUCAUUGGUCAAUAGACUUGAUCCAAUUCUCCGUGGUGUGGCUAAUUUGGGGAGCUGGCAAGUCAUCAGCCCAGUUGAAGCUGUUGGAUAUGUUGUGGUGGUUGAUGAGUUACUUUCGGUUCAAAACAAAACUUAUGACGUGCCAACUAUUUUAGUGGCAAAGUCUGUGAGUGGGGAGGAGGAAAUUCCUGAUGGUGCAGUUGCGGUAUUAACACCUGACAUGCCAGACGUCCUAUCUCAUGUUUCUGUUCGUGCAAGAAACAGUAAGAUUUGCUUUGCAACUUGUUUUGAUCCUGAUAUUCUGGAUGAUCUUCGAGAAAAAGAAGGGAAGUUGUUGAAUCUAAAACCUACAUCUGCUGAUGUCACCUACAGUGUUAGUGAGGUGAAAGAUGGAAAUCUAACACGAUCAAAUAACUCUGAAGAAGUCGGUCCAGUACCAACAAUUCAGUUGGUCAAAAAGCAGUUUAGUGGUAGAUAUGCCAUAUCAUCUGAGGAGUUCACGAGCGAGAUGGUUGGUGCUAAAUCACGCAACAUUGCAUACCUUAAAGGGAAAGUCCCGUCUUCUGUUGGCAUUCCAACCUCAGUUGCGCUGCCUUUUGGAGUUUUUGAGAAAGUUCUUUCUGAUGAAUCAAAUCAGGGAGUGUCAGAAAAACUGCAGAUUCUGAACAAAGAACUAGGGGAAGGAGAAUCUGAUGUCCUUGAAGAGAUUCGAAAGACGGUUUUGGAUCUUUCUGCACCACCCCAACUGGUACAAGAACUGAAAAACGAAAUGCAAAGUUCUGACAUGCCAUGGCCAGGUGAUGAAGGUGAACAGAGAUGGGAACAAGCAUGGAUGGCUAUUAAGAAGGUUUGGGCUUCAAAAUGGAAUGAGAGAGCAUACUUCAGUACAAAAAAAGUGAAACUAGACCAUGACUUUCUGUGCAUGGCUGUCCUGGUCCAGGAAGUAAUAAACGCUGAUUAUGCAUUUGUUAUUCACACCACCAAUCCAUCAUCAGGAGAUUCAUCAGAGAUUUAUGCGGAGGUGGUAAUGGGACUCGGAGAGACUUUGGUAGGAGCUUACCCUGGUCGUGCUUUGAGUUUCAUUUCUAAAAAAGAUAAUCUUGACUCCCCCAAGGUUCUUGGUUAUCCUAGCAAACCCAUUGGUCUUUUUAUAAGGAGAUCAAUUAUCUUCCGAUCCGACUCUAAUGGAGAAGAUCUAGAAGGCUAUGCCGGUGCAGGACUUUAUGAUAGUGUGCCUAUGGAUGAAGAAGAUAAGAUAAUUCUUGAUUAUUCAUCUGACCCUUUGAUCAUUGAUGUUAACUUCCAAAAAUCAAUCCUCUCGAGCAUUGCCCGAGCUGGCGAUUCUAUUGAAAAGUUAUAUGGAACUCCUCAAGACAUUGAAGGUGUAGUACGAGAUGGAAAGAUCUAUGUUGUCCAAACUAGACCGCAGAUGUGAUUAUGUAACUACAAAGAAUACGUUGGUAGCAUAUAAUUAAGGAUCCUAUAGUUAAAUAGAAUGUGGCUAAUUCUACCACAUUAAGUUUAUUACAGAGUAUUAUAGAUAGUAAUCGUCAACUGUUCUCUCAGAUUAAUGUUUCUUGUAAUGAAAAUUUGUAACAAGAACCUAUUAUAGUAAUAUGAUGAUAUCAUCACCCA